AUGACAAGUGAAAAAAACAAUUCUUACGAUGAUACAUCAGUAUUACCUUCUGAAAUUACCAUACCUCGUCCAACUCGUUUUUGGACUAUUCUUAUUUUUUAUAUUCCAUCAUUAAUAUGUUCAUUGUUCAUUUUCUAUAAUGUUAUUAUCCAUCGAACAUUACGUCAAGCUUUGCAUAAUCAUGUUAUUGUUCUUCUUCUUUUCAUCAAUUUAAUUGUUCAACUAACAAGUAUUCCAUGGAUUCUUAAUUAUUAUCAUUUAGGAAAUGUUUGGCCACAAAAUUUUUUCUUUUGUCUUACAUGGAUUUUUAUUGAUGAAGCUUUAUAUAUCACAACAACACUUCUGUUUGCGUGGGCGACAAUUGAACGGCAUAUUCUCAUUUUUCAUGAUCAAUUAGUAUCAACUAAAUAUAAAUUAAUUUUCUUUCACUAUUUACCAAUAGUGAUUAUUCUUCUCUAUUGCAUUUGUUACAAUAUUAUUACAAUUAUUGUUCCACCAUGUGAAAAUACAUUUGAUUAUACACAACUUGUAUGUGGUUAUCCUCUUUGUUACUAUGAAGUUUCAUUGGUAGCUGCAUGGGAUGUUAUAGUUAAUGAUAUAAUACCUACAAUAAUAAUUAUUUUCUGCUGUAUUGGUCUUCUUUUACGUGUUCUCUAUCAAAAAUAUCGACUGCGUCGACCAGUUCUUUGGCGAAAUCAUCGAAGAAUGACGAUUCAGUUAUUAUCAAUUUCAGUUCUGUAUCUUGUUUUAUACAUACCAAAGAUGUUAAUGGAAUUUAUUUAUCUUUGUGGUAUUUCUGAAGAUUUUGGUGCCGACUUUAUGUUAUAUGCAGAAUUUUUUGUAUAUUAUGGCAAUCUUUUUCUACCUUUUGUAUGUGUUGGAUCAAUGCCUGAACUUAAAAAAACUUUUAAAAAAAUAUUUCCAUAUUGGCAACGACAAAGACGAACAGUUGGUCCUCAAACAUUUGCAUUGUCACGUCGUGCAGGUGAUCCGCAGUUAAAACCAACAACUAUUAUUUUAUAA